GGUUUUGGUAUCUGAUUGCCUGGCGUGGGUUGGUUGUGUCCGCCGAUUCCUUGCUUCUUUCCGAAUGAUACUCUUGUACAAAUUACCGAGGCGUGGUUGAGUUCUCUAUUGAUUGUUGGCAGAAACUGGUUUUGGGUUGUUUCGAUCGAGAGAAAAAUGGAGCAAAUCGAACUGCUUCAGAAAUUUCUUGUUGUUUUAUUUACCAUCGCGUUCUUCUGGAAGCUAAUUAGGUAUAUGUGGAGUUUUGUGAGCAUGGAGAAGGAACCAGUGAGGGUUUUAGUCACAGGAGCCGCAGGGCAAAUUGGAUAUGCAAUUGUUCCGAUGAUUGCAAGAGGGGUCAUGCUUGGCCCUGAUCAGCCUGUAAUUCUGCACAUGCUUGAUAUCGAGCCUGCAGCCGAAGCUUUGAAUGGUGUAAAAAUGGAAUUAAUAGAUGCUGCCUUUCCUCUUCUAAAGGGUGUUGYUGCUACAACCGACGCUGCUGAAGCUUGUAAGGAGGUCAAUAUUGCAGUUAUGGUUGGUGGUUUUCCUCGAAAGGAGGGUAUGGAAAGGAAGGACGUGAUGUCUAAAAAUGUCUCCAUUUACAAAACACAAGCUUCAGCCUUGGAGAAGCAUGCUGCUCCAGAUUGCAAGGUGUUAGUCGUGGCCAACCCAGCAAACACAAAUGCUCUCAUCUUGAAAGAGUUUGCACCUUCCAUACCUGAGAAGAACAUUACAUGUCUUACACGAUUGGAUCAUAACCGAGCAUUAGGCCAAGUCUCUGAGAGGCUGAAAGUCCAAGUUAGUGAUGUGAAGAAUGUCAUUAUCUGGGGCAAUCACUCUUCUACACAGUAUCCAGACGUCAAUCACGCGACAGUCACCACUAGCAGCGGCGAUAAACCAGUUCGAGAAUUGAUUGCAGAUGAUCAGUGGUUGAAUACCGAGUUUAUUGCCACUGUACAGCAGCGUGGUGCCGCCAUUAUAAAGGCUCGAAAGCUAUCUAGUGCACUGUCUGCUGCCAGUUCUGCUUGUGAUCAUAUACGCAAUUGGGUUUUGGGGACCCCCAAGGGAACUUGGGUUUCCAUGGGAGUGUAUUCCGAUGGUUCUUAUGGUAUCGAACGUGGCCUUAUCUACUCGUUUCCAGUUACCUGCGAGAAAGGAGAAUGGUCAAUUGUCCAGGGGCUCAAGAUUGAUGAGUUUUCACGAGCCAAGAUGGAUGCAACAGCAAAAGAGCUAAUGGAGGAGAAAUCUCUGGCUUAUUCGUGYCUUGGUUGAUACAGAAUUGUGCUAUUUGCUUCGAUAAAUCUUUUGAAGUUUAAUUAGCUUGUCUUUCUUUCUUCAAUAAGUUCUGGUGAUGCAUUACAGAAAUUUCGUGUAGUUCACUAUUUGAUGUUACUUCUUAAUUUUUAAUAAAUGGUCGUAUUGUUUGAUGAUA